AUGCAAAGUUUGCUGUUGGAAGACAAGAUCUUCAACUUGGUCGUGGAAUGGUGUGACACGCCCCAGACAAGAUCAGCCGGGUGCAGUUACAAAGACUGUGCUGUGCUCUAUGACGUCGAACCGGACGAGCAUGUCAGUUUUGUCGGUGACAAACCGUCGAACAAUAUCUUCUUGCAUGUUGCUCAUUUUCUUCUGUGCGACAGAGGGGAUCCCUGCAUCAAGAGUGCUUCAGAAAGAUUGGAGCGGUUCUACAAAGAGACGUUCUGGCUCAACAAUGAGGUGUUUGCUUGCAAUCAAGCAGCGAUUGCUCUGGCAAAGAGGGGUCUGAAUAUUACUCGUUGCUUCAUUGGCGAGAGUCCAGGAGGAGUCGGGCAGUCUUUGUUCAGUGCGCACUUGGACGCCGUGUAUUCGCCUAAUCACCGAUUUAUCGAUCCAAAUACAUGGUUCGAUGAAACAGAGAUGCGGAAACAGGUUGAGCAAAGCGCUGGCUGCAUCAUUCUGACGGCGCAGGAAGCCCCCGAAACUUCACGGAAGAUGCGGGAGGACUUAUACAAAAAGACCAUGAGCGCCGACGGAAUUGCGGGACGUCGUCCGUAUGGGAUGGUAACAAGGAUGAUCGAGCUCGUGGGAUGGAAGCGGCUCGAAGUCAACAACAUGAUGAAGUUUGUCGGGGUAUCGGAAAUAAACUUUCAGUUCGUCUUGCGACGCUCCUUCGUCUGGAUGCCUCGGGCCCGCUUCAUCGAUUCCAAGAUCAUUGACACGUGCUUUCCCGACGCAAAAGAAUCUGGCUAUUUCGCCAAAGACGAUGCUUUGAAAUCUUUCCUUCGGAGUGGCCCAUGCAUUGCGGCAGCAUUGCGUAUCCAGCAUGCUUUCGAAAGCCGCCACGGCAGGGAGGCAUGUCAUAACAUGAUUGAAGAACAGGCCACACGCCCUCUCACUGAAGAUAAAAUGAGGCAAGCAUGUGGGCUACAACCGAAAGUUCGAUCGGGUCAGGCUUGUGUGCUGGCAGUGCCAGUGGAUCCGACAAGCCAAGACGACAAUGAGGACCUCAAGGAUCAGUGGAAUGGUAUCAGACAUGCCGUCAUCAACCAUUGCCUGAAAGAGGGCAAGUGUGUUCUCACGAAGGGCAUGUUCAAGUACGUCAAACUUCCAGCAGACCAUCCUGUCAGCAUGGAUGCUGAUGCCAUGUGGAAGAAACUGCUUUCGGACGGCUUGCUGAUCCAGGGACAGGCGGACGGCAAGUGGAAAGAUGGCGCCUUGCCUUGCGUCGGCAAGUAUGAGCAGUUGAAAAAGGUCUGCGAUCUGACACCGGUUACUGAUGAAACACGCCACAUCGAGGAGCACAAGAAACAAGCUCUCAGCAAGUACGCUACCGAUCACCCGGCGAGAGAGUCCAAUGUUCUGUUGCUGAUUGCUUAUAUGGACGCUGAGAUGAAGACCUCGAAGAAGAAAGGCAACAAUGCAUCCAGAAAAGCGACGCCAAGCAGCCUAGAUGGCGUCGGCAAACUCGUCCGCCACCGUGCCAAACUCUCAGACGCCGAAGAGCAUCUCAGCUUGCUACUUGCUUCUGAAGAACCAGCCGUGCAGAUGUCCCCCAAUCGGCCGAAGAGAAGACGAAUGGGGAAGGGUCCUUUGGAAGAAAUGGAGUUCAUGUAUGACAGGGACUUUCAGAACAUCAUCUGCACGCGAGCCUAUGUCCGUGGCAACGGAGCGCAACGCUUUAGCAGACGACUACUGCAAGUUCUCUGCCCGAGUUCCAUCGACCUGGACAUACAGAAUUGCGUCUUUGUGAUAUUGGAGCAGUUGGUAUGCAAACUGGAGCUGGAUGGUAUGGCAGACAAGAAGCAUCCAGAAGCACCAACACUAUUUUACCUGUACGCAGGUGUCGAGGAUCUCAUUCUGCAGGUGUGGGAGAGGAAAGCUCUGUCCAUGAAGCCGAAGCAUCUAUCCCUCCACUUCGAUGGCAUGAGACUGCAUGGCCACAAAUGGGACAAGACAACAGAAGACCUUUGCAAGUUCUUCUCGGAAGAGAUCAAGGCAGAGACAGGGUUCCAGGUGAACAUCGUGGAGAAAAAGCAUUACUGGUUUGCCUCUGCGUGUUUCACGAAGCAUCCUGUGGAAGAGGUCCCGACAGACACUCCCGUCCUCAUGGAAGAUGGUAAUUGCAUUUUAUUGGCAGUCUCUCACCUUCGACCAGAUCUGAUGGAAAGCCUACUUACCUACCUGAGCACAGAUGCGGAAGAGAAUGCGGCUGCCAAGCAGAAUGGCACCAGAUCGUACAGCCAAGUGUUUACGGCUGUCGGAAUCUAUGCUGUGCCGACCAUUGGUCUUGCAAUCGAAACUCCUGGAAACUACAUCAUACACUCGGAGAAUGAAGGGAUCUUUAGCAGCCAGGAAGAGCAGAAGUGCUUGACGAAAGAGGCUGCCUGUCAGGACCAAAUGUCGGGUUCUGAGGAUGAGUGCCCCGUUCCGGGUGAGUCGGCAACUCAUUCAGAUGAGAAUGUCGUGCAGGAGGCAGUCGCGAAAGAAGCCAAGGGCAAGAAGUGCAUCCUGUGUCCCUUCCCGACGUUCAAUCGUGCCUGUCGUGUCAGAAAGCAUAUAGCCACGCAUCACACCGAGAGGAAGCAGUACAUCUGUUCUGGAACCAAGCAGUUGAAAGUCGCGUGUGCCUUGUUUGACAACGACCAGAUAGCCUUGCGCGAAGGUAGCAAUUACCUUCAGAGAAGUGCCGAUCUCAAGUGGGUGGUUCCUGCUCUGUCAGCCUCCUCCAAUGAGGUUGACAGGCAUGUUCGGUUGGUUCUGACUGAGCGAGGCCCAGUUUACUGGAGCCUGCAACAGGUCACUGCAACGAAUGAGGUGCGACGAGCGCGGAACCUCUUCUACACGCAGGGAUUCGCAGAUCUCGUGUAUCGGGAAGGAAGCAACAUGGUGUCACUGCUGCCGACUCAUACCAGCUACUGGUGGCCGAUCAUUGAAGACAUUUUCAAUGGGCCUCCCCUCAAGUUGCAAGUGCGUGCAAUGCAAGACUUCUUCGUUGACUCCAGGGAGUUCGAGUAUGUCUCUAUUGAUGCAACAAUCAAGUGUUGCAUGUCGGUAAUGGGUCAGGCUUCCUACAAAGCCAGCGCAGCUCAGAGAAUUGCGGCGGUUUUCAACGAUGACAACUCGUACAGACGCGUGUUGACGGCACGUGGAAGAACGGGGGCUGUUCUGGCCAUGAUCGCAAUGUCCAGCGAGAAAGCAGAAGAGAUUUCCUGUGCUUUGGCGCAAAACUGGUAUGCCACCUGGAGAAAGAAGACGGCCGGUGCGCUGUUGCUCCGAAAGAUUCUACGGAAGUUUCUUGCGGUGGAUCCAACCAAGACGGAGGCCGCGUUUGGGUCCUUCUACCAUGGCUACGAGAACCGGGAGCUCUCCUCCAAAGAAAGAUGCAUGCUCAAAGCCAAAGCCUUAAAAAUCAUCAACUCACUGGACAGCCUGAAGCCGUUCUACACCCGGUACGAGUACAUAGAGGCAGUGGCCGCACUGGCUGCCCUACAUCCAGAGGACAUGUCCCGGAAGGUCACUGGGGCGAACCAGCCCAUUUCCCACAUACUUUGGUGUUCUUGCGCUCCACAGCGGCUGGAAUGGAUGUGGAACAACAUCCGAUGGCGGCAUUCCAUUCGUUCAGACCUUAGCCAAAAAACGGCUUGCUUGCCGCAUGCCAAGCUAUGUCCUGUUUUCAACUUUCCAAACUAG